AUGGUUUUCGGAUCGCGACAUGAUGAUGAUGACGAUGAUGGGAUUUUCUUCCUCUUUUCCGUUUGCUAUUGGGGCCUCUCUCCCGGUCUGAACGGAGCACGCUUUCUGUCGUUUUUCUGCACUGGGUUCGGACGGGUUUGUCUCUCUCACGCAAAACAAGCCGGAAAUAUGGGAGUAAUUGGCAUGAUAUCUAAUGGAGGUUGCGACAAGACGAAAAUCCAACCACUCUUCUCUCCUCAGCAGCACCAAAUCGCCUCAUCAGCCACUACCCAGAUACUCUUUCUUCUCCUUCAGGAUUAA